ACGUCGAAAAGUAAUACUAAAUGUUUAAGCAUUUUGGCAAUGGACUCUUCUAUCAAUCUGUGUUAAACUAUUUUGACUAAGCGAUGAUGGAUAUGAAAUAAUUGCACAUAUAUUUGAGGUUAAUGGACUCUUCUACAUAUUUAGGUCGGUCAUUUUUGAAGUGAUUCUCUCUCUCUCUCUCUCCCUAAUUUCAAUAAAUACUGCACUACUUUUCUUGAUUCUUAGGUUAGGCCAUGAAUAGUAGUAACAGAACCUUCUAUAGGGAGGUGGUUGGACAGCCCACUAAAAUCCAACUAUGUGACGAUUCUGUCGAAGAGACUUUUCCUCCAAGAUAUCAUAUUGAAUCACAAGUUCACAACAGCUGUUUGUAUUUGCCAUAUAUAGCAUAUAUUAUUAAAACUUCAUGUGAGAGAGAGUUGUAGCAAUAAUGGAUGCAAAACAAAGUGAUUUGAGAGUUUUGAUGUUCCCAUGGUUGGCUCAUGGCCAUGUCUUCCCCUUCCUUGAGCUAGCCAAAGGCCUAGCCAAGAAACACUUCCACAUAUACUUCUGCUCCACACCCAUCAACCUCGACUCCAUCAAAAACAGCAUCAACAACAACAACAACAACAACGACGAUCAUGUCUCGAUUGAGCUCGUCGAGCUCCACCUCCCGACCCUACCCGAGCUCCCACCACACUACCACACGACCAAGAACAUCCCACCCCACCUCAUGCCCACCCUCAUGAAAGCCUUCCAGGCGUCGGCCCCCGCCUUCUCCGCCAUCAUCGCGAGGCUCGAGCCCGACUUGCUCAUCUACGACGGCUUCCAGCCCUGGGCCGCCAGGGCCGCGGCGGCCCAGGGCAUCCCGCCCGUCCUCUUCGCCACCUCCGGCUCCACCUCUCUCGCGUUCUUCCACCACCACCACACACACAAGAGUUGGGACACAUUCCCUUUCGAGGGCAUAAGGCUAAAAGAGCAUGAGAAAAGGGGUAUGAUUGCUGCAGGUGAAUCCAUCAAAGUUAGCAAUGUUGAUGGAGACAACCACUUCGCCUUUGGGAUGUUCAAACUAUCUUGUGAGAUAGUCUUGAUCAAGACUUAUAGAGGGUUCGAGAGCAAGUACAUGGAUUAUCUCUCUAAGUUAUGUGAGAGAAAGCUCAUUCCAACCGGCCCCUUGAUCUCACAUGGUGACGAUGAUCAAGAUGAUCAAGAUUUGGAAAUCAUGAAAUGGCUCAACGAGAGAGAGGAAGGCUCAACUCUUUACAUCUCAUUUGGGAGUGAGAAUUAUCUAACCAAGGAGCAAACGGUGGAGCUAGCAAAAGGGUUGGAGCUGAGUGGGGUUAACUUCAUAUGGGUUGCUCGGUCUCCGGCGGGGGGCGGCGGCGGCGCCGCCAUCCGGAAGGGAAGAGGGGUGGUGGUGCCGGGGUGGGCGCCGCAGGCGGCGAUCUUGGCCCACCGGAGCGUGGGGGGGUUCAUGACGCACUGCGGGUGGAGCUCGGUUUCGGAGAGCAUGUUUUUCGGGGUUCCGGUGGUGGCGGUGCCGUUCAAGGCGGAUCAGCCGGUGAAUGCGCGGGUGGCGGCGGAGGCCGGCAUCGGCGUGGAGGUGGCGAGGGGCGGAGAUGGGGGGUUUGAUGGGGAUGGGGUGGCGAGGGCUAUCAAGGAGGUGUUUGUGGAAGGGAGAGAAGGGUUUAAGAGGAGAGUGGAGGAGCUGAGGGAGAAGAUGAAGGUGGAGGAGGAAGGAGCCAUGGAUGAAGUUGUGGAGGAGCUUUCGAGGGUUUGCAUGAAGAAGUCGGCAGCUACAUGGGAUGGUUAAUUAAGUAGUGGAUAUUUUUGUUGAUUCGAAUUUUUGUUGGAUUGUGUUGGCAUUUAAUAUUUACUAGUGUAUCUCUAAUUUUUAAUUUUAUAUACUUUAUUUUAAAUUA